GCGGUCACAGGCCGCCGCCCCUAUAAAGCCCCGCGGGCUCCGCCUCCGCCCCGGCCCCGCCGCGCCUGCCCCGCUCCGCUCGCUCCGCGGCCAUUGGCUUCGUGCGGCGCCGCCGGGACCGCCCUGCAGCCCGGAAAUCUCCUUAGAAUAUCUGAAGUCCAUAUGGCUGUGUAUGAUGAAGAUAUCUUGAAAAACCCGUUUUAUUUGGCCAUUCAGAAGCGGCGUCCUGAUCUAUGCAGCAAAGUUGCAGAACUCCAUGGUAUUGUGUUGGUUCCGUGCAAAGGGAGUCUUUCAAGCACCAGUCUUUCAACCUGCCAGUUUGAAUCUUAUGUUCUGAAGCCACUAGAAGAAAAUUUUCAGACCUUAAAUGGAAAGGAGAUCUUCGUACAAGGAAACCUCAUCAUUUUAGGAACUGGUUUUAAUUACCACCUUUCAGUGCCUGUUCUUUUUGAGGAAACAUUUUACAAUGAAAAAGAAGAAAGCUUUAGUAUAUUGUGCAUAGCUCAUCCGUUGGAAAAAACAGAAAGCUCAAGUGAAUCUGCAGCUUCAUCCAACUCCUACUCUCUUAAAAACAUUGAAGAUGUUAGAGAAUUCUUGGGAAGGCACUGUGAGAGAUUUGAUAAAUACAUAAGCUCUUUCUACAGAACCUUUAAGGAACAUGAAAGGAAAAGCCUCCGCCACUACAUAGAUUGUGUCAAUGCACUUUAUACCAAAUGUCUUCAGCACCUUUUGAGAGAUUCGCACUUGAGGAUGCUUGCAAAGCAAGAAGAGCAGAUGAAUGUGAUUAAACAAGCAGUUGAAAUGUACAUGCACCAUGCUAUUUAUGAUCUAGUCUUUAAAUAUGUGGGCACUAUUGAGGCAAGUGAGGAUGCUGCUUUUAAUAAAAUCACGAGGAGCCUUCAAGACCUGCAGCAAAAAGACGUUGGAGUGAAGCCUGAGUUCAGUUUUAAUAUACCACGAGCAAAGAGAGAACUGGCUCAGCUGAACAAGUGUACUUCCCCUCAACAGAAGCUGCUUUGUCUACGAAAAGUGGUACAAAUUAUUAUGCAAUCUCCUAGCCAAAGAGUUAACGUGGAAACCAUGUGUGCGGAUGAUCUUCUCUCUGUUUUGCUAUAUUUACUUGUGAAAACCGAAAUCCCGAACUGGAUGGCCAACUUGAGUUAUAUCAAGAACUUCAGACUUUGCAGUUCAGUGAAGGAUGAACUGGGAUUCUGUCUGACCUCAAUUGAAGCUGCGAUAGAGUACAUACGGCAAGGCAACCUCUCAGACAGAUCGACAGAAUCUGAGAGCUUGUGUGACAAGCUGCUUUUAAGACAGAGGAUGAACUUGCUGUCCCAGAUGUCUGCCACUCCGAUAGACUGCUUAUUUAAGCAUAUUGCUUCAGGUAAUCAGGAGGAAGUGGAGCGAUUGCUAAGCCAAGGUGACAGUGAUAAGGACACUGUACAGAAAAUGUGUCACCCGCUCUGUUACUGUGACAGAUGUGAGAAGCUGGUUUCUGGGAAACUGAAUGACCCUUCCAUUAUCACUCCACUGUCCCGAGAUGACCGGGGCUACACCCCGCUUCAUAUAGCUGCUAUUUGUGGGCAAACGUCGCUAGUGGAUUUGCUGGUCGCCAAAGGAGCCGUUGUCAAUGCCACAGAUUACCACGGUUCAACUCCCCUGCACCUUGCCUGCCAGAAGGGAUAUCAGAAUGUUACACUUCUCUUAUUGCACUAUAAGGCGAGUUCUGAUGUUCAGGACAAUAAUGGAAAUACUCCGCUUCAUUUGGCCUGCACUUAUGGCCAUGAGGAUUGCGUCAAAGCUUUAGUCUACUACGACGUACAUUCCUGCAGACUGGAUAUUGGUAAUGAAAAGGGAGACACUCCUCUCCAUAUUGCUGCUCGCUGGGGCUAUCAAGGGAUCAUAGAAGUGCUCUUGCAAAAUGGAGCAAAUCCAGAAAUCCAAAACCGGAUGAAAGAGACUUCCCUACAGUGUGCACUGAAUUCCAAGAUUUUGUCACUGAUGGAAUUAAACUACCUAACAUUCGAAAGAGGACAGAGCGCUUCUGAGUCCCCACUUAGGUCUCCUCAGCGCUCAGCAGAAACUUUCAGCAGAGGAUCGUCUGUCUCGAGCCUCUCAUCAGCCUCAACUGACGUAAGGCAAGAAGAAGUAAAAAAUAGCUGUAAAGAGGUGGAAAAACUCCUGCGAGCAGUUGCUGAUGGGGAUCUGGAAAUGGUACGUUAUCUCUUGGAAUGGAUGGAAGAAGACUUGGAAGAUGAGGACAACGCAGUCAGUACAUCAAAACCAGAGUUCUGCCAUCCGUUAUGCCAGUGCUCAAAGUGUGGGCCAGUACAAAAGAAAUUUGCAAGGAUCUCUGCUAACGGGCUUGGAGUAAACGUUUCGAACCAGGACGGUCUGACGCCACUGCACAUGGCCGCACUGCAUGGGCACGCUGAGCUGGUCUCGCUCCUGCUGAGCCACGGAGCCAGUGUCAGCGCCAGGAACGCGAAGCAGGCAGUUCCUCUUCAUCUCGCCUGCCAGAAAGGUCACUUCCAGGUGGUGAAGUGUCUGAUGGAAUACAGUGCUAAACAAAAUAAAAAGGAUAUAUAUGGCAACACACCUUUAAUUUAUGCAUGCUUGAAUGGCCAUUAUGAGACCACUGCCUUGUUGUUACAGCAUGGAGCUUCCGUUAACCUUUCUAACGCCAAAGGGAACACGGCACUGCACGAGGCUGUGAUCGGGAAGAACGAAGCCCUGGUGGAGUUGCUGCUGCGGAACGGUGCAGCGACGCAUGUACGGAACGAGAGGAACUGCAGCCCCGCAGACUGUGCUGAGCCGAAUUCAAAUAUCAUGAAGCUGCUGGAAACAGCACCGAGCUGUGUGCCCCCAGCGGCAGAGGGAGAGAGGGAGAGCGAGCAGGAGGCUGCUGUCAGGAGGAGAAGAAAAGUGAAUUCGAAGCCAUGUGAGAAAGCUGAUGAUCCCGUAAGCAGACAACUCCAGCUGGUCCAGUCCAUUAACACAUUUAACAAAGCAAAACAUUUACGGCGAACGAUUACAAGAGAUAAAAGUGUCCCUAACUUUGACUAUCAGUUAUUGCAUCAGUUAGCUAUUAAAAGCUUCGAUAAAACCAAGUUAAAAUCCGUCGAAACGCUGGACCAGAGCAAAGUUAAGACUCCUGAGACAGAAUGCAGCGGUGCCUUUGUGAAAGAUGAUGACAUGACAGAAGUUCCCCCCAGAAGCAAAUUACUGCUCCGAAGACACACUGUGAACGUGCCGCUUCCAGCCGAGAAUGCCAGCGAUAACGGCUUAUCCAGCGCCAGGGAUCUGAGUGUUUCCCCUCGGGGCUGCUGUGAUGACCUGCAUUCAGAACAUGGAUGAGGAAGCGCAGAGUGGAAAGCUGAGGAGUGGGUGGUGGUCAUUUCCACCCGCCUUCGCUGUGUGGCUGUGCCCUAGCGAGCUCGCCUUCAGUACGGGACACUGGAUGGAUUUCCUGCAGGAACGGAACAUUCCCAACCCUCCCGCAGACCGACUCCUCUUCAUGAUGGAGGUAACCGCACAGCCAGGUGGUUCCCAACAGACAGGGAUGUGCUGAGAUGCAGGCGGCAAAUUCUCUCCUGUUCUACUUAGCACUUAAUUAAAAAAGGUAUAUGUCACCGUAAACCAAACCAAGCCCUUUAUUGUAUUUUUCAGCCACCCGCUUUGUUUUUACAAGUCUUUGAAUAAUUUUUGCAUUUUUCAGGUUUUAUCACUACAUUGGAUAAGUACAUAUAAAUAUAUGUAUAUUUAUAUAUAUAAAGAUAUAUUGGAUAACAAGGUAUUUAUUGCCAGAGAUAAUGGAAAUGUCUCUAUUUUUAUCGUAAUGUUACGAACCGUUAUAGUAUAUAUUUCUGUAUAUUCCAGUAGCUGGGAAAACAAUAGUCCACACCCUCUGCGACGCUCCAUUGGAAAUCCAUACAUGCUAUGGAUGUGAUGGGAUGUAAGCCUUGCUAAUUCCUUUGCAACGCUCCCGUGUUGGAGCUGCAAGAUCCAGUUCCUGUACCGGAGCCAAGAGACUGGGAAAAAGCAGAGAGCCCUUGGCAAAGCUGAACUUUGCAGAAGCAAGCGGGUAUGAGGGCACAUAGAAUUGUUUUGGGUUUCUUUUCCCCUUCCUCUAAAGCAAGUCAUGGAAAAAUGCAAAUAUUUGCGUUUCUGAGCCCAGGCAAGGUCUGCAGAGCCAACUGCCUGCUCCAACAGCUCCUAAAAAGGGGAAAUUCCAGCAGCGGACGGUACUUCUUAGAGCAGGAAGUGUUUGAGAAUAGGCCAGAUAUGACCCCAUUGCUGCAGGGAUCCCUGAGGGGCUGGAAGCUCGCAGCUCUGAGGUGGCUGCUUACAGCUGGGGUUUGUUUGCCGUUUCGGUUACGGCAGAAGGUGCAAACAGCACAAGUCAGGUCUCCAAGUGUGGGAUUUUUUAUUCUUGGCUUGUUGCAUCCAGCUUGAGUUUUAUUUCAUGAACUAUUUGUAUGAAUAAUCCUAUUUUAACUGCGGUCUUAGCGGACUGCCUGGCGAAGCUGGAAGAGACGCGCUGAGUUUCCCAGCUAACGUUUUAAUCUGCGAGGUUGAAUGUGCAGUCGGCGCACGAGUGGACGUGCAGAGAUGAGGGGCGUGUUUAUUUUUCUAAUAAUUUAUGAGUUCAUCCGAUUUUCUAAUAUGCCUUGAAUUUGUGCCAAAUGAUGGAAAGGAAAAGCUAGUAAAGUAACUCCUGAAAACACUGGUUUUUCUGAGUGCUUUUUUCCAAGCAUCAAGUCUUUUAAGCAGGUUCCCUGCUGCUCUUUUGGUAGGUGUCUGAAGACUUCACCUCGUGUCUGUGUGUAAACUGAGGGAUCGGCUGGAAUUUACUGUCAAGUUCCAUGUUAAGGAUUAUCUGUAGCCCUGUGGGGAAAAACUUUUAAACCAUCUGUCACCACCCCUUGGUGUGAAAACUCUUGUGGUGGUGAGGGAUCAUUGGAUCAAGAAGU